ACAAGCAUAGCUCACCCACCCUCCAAUUAUAAUUUAAUUCAUAACUAAGCAAUAGUAGCCAAAGAAAACCAGCCUGCAUGGAAGCAAAAUUAAUGGUUGCAGCUACAACAUCGACCCCGACGGGGGUAGCGGUGCCGAGAGUGAAGCUCGGGGGGCCGGAGGGGUUGGAGGUGUCGAAGAUGGGGUUGGGGUGUGUCGGGAUGUCCGCCACCUACGGGCCGCCGCCGCCCCAAAUGGAAAUGAUCAAAUUGGUUCACCGUGCCAUCGACUUGGGAAUCACCUUUUUUGACACUUCCGAUUUUUAUGGACCGCACACGAACGAGAUUCUCCUCGGCAAAGCAUUAAAGGGAGGGUGGAGGAACAAAGUCGAAGUGGCGACAAAGUUUGGAGUGAGUUUGAAAGGCGACGAAAAAUUAGAGGUCAGAGGAGAUCCUAAGUACGUAAGGGCUGCUUGCGAGUCGAGCUUGCAGCGCCUUGGAAUUGAUUGCAUCGAUCUCUAUUACGUUCAUCGGAUCGAUACUCGAGUCCCAAUUGAAGACACGAUAGGAGAAUUAAAGAAAUUGGUGGAAGAAGGGAAAAUAAAGCACAUCGGAUUAUCGGAGGCAUCGGGUGCGACGAUCAGAAGGGCUCAUGCUGUUCAUCGAUUAACAGCUGUUCAGACAGAGUGGUCUUUAUGGUCCAGAGAAUUCGAACAACAAAUUCUUCCAACUUGCAGACAACUUGGGAUCGGAAUUGUUCCUUACAGUCCUCUUGGAAGAGGUUUUCUUGCAGCCGGUCCAACUUUUAUUCGCGAUUUAUCCCACACCGAUUUUCGAAAGAGGUUUCCAAGAUUCAAGGAAGAAAAUCUCGAGCACAACAAGAAAAUCUACGAAAGAAUCCGCGAAAUGGCGAGGGGGAAGGGAUGCACGGCAGCGCAACUCGCAUUGGCAUGGGUUCUCAUGCAAGGACGGGAUGUGUGUCCCAUCCCGGGCACCACCAAGAUCGAGCAUCUUUGCCAGAACAUAGAAUCGUUGUUGGUGGAAUUGACCCAAAGGGAGAAGGAAGAGCUCGAAUCAUACGCUUGUGCUAAUGCCGUGAAGGGCGAAAGGCACGCGUUCAUGUCGCACACAUGGAUCAACUCCGACACUCCUUUACCUUCCCAGCAGUGAUUCGAUACAAAUCUAUCCCUCUACCAAAUCCGCU